AUGUCGAGCACACCCAUCAAAUCCGUCCUCAUAGUAGGCGCCGGUCCCUCUGGUCUCCUCCUUGCCUUGCUCCUCGCCACUCUAUCACCGCCCGUAAAGAUCACAAUCAUUGACGCUGCACCGACUCUGAACGAAGCACCACGCGCUACCCAUUACGGACCACCAGCCAUUCAACUCUUCCGCAAAGCCGGGGUCUUGGCGGAAAUCAGACGCGAUGGCUACAUGCCGGAGAAGAUCUGCUGGCGCAAGCUGAAUGGCGAAAGGUUAGCGGGCUAUGAUCGGAGUCUGCUGCAUGACGGCGGCUUGGACGGGGAUGGGUUGACUGUUUACUGGGUCGGCAGGCUGUGUAGGUUAUUGGAAAGGGAGCUGAAAUCGCGGACAGGGACGACGGUCAAGUGGGGACAUAAGGUUGUUGAUGUUAAGUCUGGGCUGAAGGUAGAAGACAAGGAGGUUACGGUUGUCGUGGAGGAGCCUGAAGGCAAAACUGUCGACUACUCGGCCGACUACAUCGUUGGCUGUGACGGCGGCAACUCCACCAUCCGGCGGUUGAUGCACGGUCAACGCAACUUUCCUGGCUUCUCCUGGGAUGUGCCAAUCGUUGCCACGAACACUCUCAUCGACCUAGACCAAUUUGGUUGGGAAGACACGCAAUUCAUCAUCGACCCCGUCCACUGGUAUAUGGCUGCACGGAUAGGGCCACACCCAGACCCAAAACAGAACGUCUGGCGGAUCAGUUACGGCGAGAAAGCCGGACUUACCAACGAGGAGCUGAUGGAGCGGCAGGAGAUGAAGUUCGAACAGAUGCUUCCUGGGCACCCGAAACCGAGCGAGUACAAGAUCUUGAAUAAGAGUCCUUACCGAGUCCACCAGCGGUGUGUGGAGAAGAUGCGAGUUGGACGCUUCCUUCUGGCAGCUGAUGCGGCUCAUCUCUGCAACCCAUUCGGCGGCCUAGGACUCACGGGUGGUAUUGUGGACAUUGGAGCACUGUUUCAGUGCUUCGAGGGUAUGCACAAGGGUCUGGCGGACGACAGUAUACUGGACGUGUACUGCAGCGUGCAGCGGCAGAAAUGGCAUGAGAUCAUCAAUCCGGUCUCGACAGGGAACAUCACGAGAAUGUUCAAGCAGGAUCCGGACAAGGCGUUGGAGGAGGAUGAGACGUUGAAGAUGAUCAAGAGGGCCGAGACGGAUUUGGAGUUGUCAAAGCAGUUGCAGGCUAUGGCGAAUGAGUUGGUGUAUGAUUAUACGAAGCAUUACUCGAAAGCGGCGGGUGUUGAGGGGGCAGCGAGGCUGUAA